GUGCAGCUGCGUGUUGCAUGGAACCACAUGGAUCUAAUGAAAGAGGUCACAGCCAGGGUCAUAGAAUCCUGACCACAUGACCACUAAAUUCCAAAAUGUACAUUUUCAAAAUCAACGUUCAGGCCUUAUCCUCAUACUUGAUAUACUGGUCAUGCAAUGUGUUUAAAACAAAAAAGAGAAAAGUGGGACUUUUGUAGGCUAUCAUGUAUAAUGUAAAUGAAACUGGACUGGACUAUUGAAAAAACAGUUACUUUUCGUUAUCCGUGUUUUAAAUUUCCAAACGGAUAUGGAUUGAACAGAUGAUACACAGAUUAGAGUGGAAAGUUUUUUCUCUCUGAGCUGUUUGACUGAAUAAUAAAGACAGAACAGUGCUCCUCCUCUCUCCCCUCUCCGCCUCCUCUCCUCCUGCUCCUCCUCCACCCUCUCCUCCUCUCCCCCCUCUCUCCUUGUCCUCCUCCCUCUCCUCCUCUCCUCUCAGUGUCUCCGGGCUGAUGGAGUGUCAGGUCGCCGCCGUGUCCUCCCUCAGCUGGACCCUGAUCCUGGUGGGUGUGGGCUACCUGCUACGCCAGACUCGCGGCAAACUUCCGGCUAAGUAUGGCCGUUACACGGCGGCGGGUAGCCGGCUGUGUCCGGCCCGGCUGGGCUGGCUGCUGCAGGAGGCUCCGUCCUUUCUGCUGCCGCUGCUGCUGCUGCUGCUCGGCGGGGAGCCCCGGGGCGGAGGAGGAGGCACCGGGAGGACGCUGCUGCUUUGCACCUUCAUGCUGCACUACUUCCACAGGAGUUUCAUCUUCCCCCUGCUGUUCCAAGGACGCCCCGUCCCGAUGUCCAUCGUCCUCUACGCCGCUGUCUUCUGCUCGCUCAACGGCUUCCUGCAGGGACACCACCUGCUGCACUGCUCCACCUUCACACACACCUGGGAGACUCACCUUCGCCUGGCUGUAGGUUCUCUUCUCUUUGUGGUCGGGAUGAUCAUCAACGUGCACAGCGACCACAUCCUGCGCGGCCUGAGGCGACCCGGGGAGACAGUGUACCGGAUACCCCGCGGAGGAAUGUUUGAGUUCGUGUCCGGAGCCAACUACUUUGGGGAGAUUGUGGAGUGGUGCGGUUACGCUGUCGCCGCCUGGUCGCUGCCCGCCUUCGCCUUUGCCUUCUUCACCGCCUGCUCCAUCGGGCCCCGAGCCUACCACCACCACCUAGACUACCAUCACAGGUUCAAGGAGGAAUAUCCACAAAGCCGCCGAGCCGUCAUCCCCUUCCUCCUCUGAUCUUCAUUAUCAUCAUCAUCACCAUCAUCAUCUUCACACGCCUCCGUUAGUUUGCAGAUUUUUAAAUAUAAUCAUCAUAUAAACUAUGUUGUAUUCUGUGAGGGACAAAAAAUGUAGAAUUAAAGAAAUAAAUAAGUAAAUACAUAAAAAAUUUGAAUAAAUGUAGAAAUAAAUAAAUACAUGUGGAAAUGUCAAAAUAAAAGGAAAUAACUAAAUAAAUGAAAAUGUAGAAAUGAAUGAAUCAACAAAUAAAUAAAUAAAUAAAUUAAUACAGAAAUAGGAGGAAUAAAAUAUAAAAUGUA